UGGGACCCCGCCUCUUCCAGCCGGGAUUACCUGGCUUGGUUGGGCAUUUGGCGUCAUUCCGAAAACAUGGCGCAAGCCAAUCAGCGGCAAAUCUGCUCUUCUGAGCGGCUGUUCGUUGGUUGAUAAGCCAGAGCCUGUUCUGUUGUCUGUAUUGGCUAUUACCGCUAUCAGUCAGGGCCGUGGGUCGAACCUUCCCCCACUCUUUGUCUAUACAAGCUCUUGUUGUCUGGGAGAGCUGCGAAGGCGCUGCUGUGGAUUGGCUACAGGAGAAACCACUGAUCUGUUCCUAUUGGCCCGUCCGUCGAGGGACGAUGCUGAUUGGUAGGGCAGAGCAAUCUGAGUCCUAGUUGGUGGAGUUCUCCCCGGAUGGACGCUCCGGCCGCGGAGUGAUGGUGGCGGCAGCGAAGAUGGGCCGGACAGGGACCAUGGCGGUGGCAGCAGAGGUGGCAGGGGCGGGGCGGCUGGCGGUAGAGGAGGCUGUGGUCCUCAGGGGGCUGUAGGUGGAGGCAUGGCUCGGGCCAGCAGCGGGAACGGCAGCGAGGAGGCCUGGGGGGCACUUCGGGCGCCGCAACAGCAGGUAUCCCAACAGCUCCAAAGCCUAUCACGACAGCCAUUUGUCUCUUCCCCUUUUCUUGUCCCUUCCUUUUGGGGGUGGGGGAGGAACUCACGGAGCCAAAGGUACUGUGAAGUUCCUAAACACGUCCCUUCCACUCUUUGUCUAAACUUUGUAACGUAGAUGCAGCUGACUUUGCCUGUAGCCUCAUAGACCCCAUCCUAUGGCUGCAAUGGAAGCUUGCGGUGGCUCUCCAGUGACCAGAGGCAUAGUGAGGCCCCAGGGAGGCUCCCUCUGUCUUGCAACAGUUAUUUGUGAUGUUUUUCUAUGUGCCUAUUGUCACAACAGAGUCCAGCAGCGUCUUCUCUUGAGGGAGCAAUUUGGAGAAGAGCUGGAACCCAGACUCGCGCCCUGGAUGCCAUCCUUUAUCAUCCACAGCAAUCCCAUCUGGUUGGGAGCACUGCUCUGGCUUCGAGAGCUGUGCCCAGGAGUGAACAACCAGCCCUACCUCUGUGAGAGUGGUCACUGCUGCGGGGAGACUGGCUGCUGCACCUACUACUAUGAGCUCUGGUGGUUCUGGCUGCUCUGGACUGUUCUCAUCCUCUUUAGCUGCUGUUGCGCCUUCCGCCACCGACGAGCUAAACUCCGGCUGCAACAACAGCAGCGGCAGCGUGAGAUCAACUUGUUGGCCUAUCAUGGGGCAUGCCACGGGGCUGGUCCUUUCCCUACCGGUUCACUGCUUGACCUUCGCCUCUUCAGCACCUUCAAGCCCCCAGCCUACGAAGAUGUGGUUCACCGCCCAGGCACACCACCCCCUCCUUAUACUGUGGCCCCAGGCCACCCCUUGAUUGCUUCCAGUGAACAAACCUGCUGUUCCUCCUCAUCCAGCUGCCCUGCCCACUUUGAGGGAACAAAUGUGGAAGGUCUUUCCUCCCACCAGAGUGCCCCCGCUCAUCAGGAGAGUGAGCCUGGGGCAGGGGUGAGCCCUGCCCCCACACCCCCCUCCUGCCGCUAUCGCCGUCUAACUGGUGACUCGGGUAUUGAGCUCUGCCCUUGUCCUGUCUCCAGUGAGGGUGAGCCAGUUAAGGAGGCGAGGGCUAGUGCCACCCUGCCAGAUCUGGAGGACUACUCCCCUUGUGCACUGCCCCCAGAUUCUGUACUGCAGGUCUCUCCCUUGGGGCUGGCUUCCAGUGAAGAGGACAUCCCAUAAGUAGUUUUGAGAAGGUGGGUGGGUUACUUGCCCACCAGAAACAGCCCUGGUCCCAACUCCUUUCGUUCCCUUUGGCCCCUUCCUGCCCACCUGCCCAUCUAGAAUCUGCCUGAAAGGGCCGGAGCCCUGAGGAGAGGGGCAGUAUUUGGGGGACUGUGCUAGCUUUAUCCCCCAUGACAUACACAGGAGCCUUUAAUCUCAUUAAAGAGAUGUGAACCAGCCA